GAAGACCCCAUACCAAAUAAACAAAAAAUCUUUCCUUGGUUUUAUAUUUUUAUUUUUUAGGGGCCAGAUGCUUGGUUUCCGGAGGGGUGCAGCAUCUAGGGUCUUAAAUGAAUGGGGCCCCCAGCCAUGGCCCUGUCCCUGCCUCUGGGCCCUAGACUUGGCUCAGAGCCCCUCAACCACCCACCGGGAGCACCUAGGGAGCCGGACAUUGUUGGAUGCACCGUUUGCCCCGCAUCCGGAGAGGAGAGCACAAGCCCAGAGCAGGCCCAGACCCUGGGACAGGACUCCUUGGGCCCUCCUGAGCACUUCCACGGUGGGCCUAGGGGCAAUGAGCCUGCCGCUUGCCCCCCAAGAUGGUCAACACCCUCUUCCUACGAGGACCCAGCUGGGGGCAAACACUGUGAGCACCCCAUCUCUGGCCUGGAGGUACUAGAGGCUGAGCAGAACAGCCUGCACCUGUGCCUGCUGGGGCUGGGCCGCCGGCUGCAGGACCUGGUGCAAGGCCCGGGGCGCUGGGCAUUGGCCCAGAGUGGGAUGGUGCAGCUGCAGGCCCUCCAGGCGGAGCUCCGAGGGGCAGCUGAGCGUGUGGAGGCGCUGCUAGCAUUUGGUGAGGGGCUGGCACAGCGGAGUGAGCCCAGGGCCUGGGCAGCCCUGGAGCAGAUCCUGCGGGCCCUGGGAGCUUACCGAGACUCCAUCUUCCGGUGGCUCUGGCAGCUGCAGGCCCAGCUGGUCAGCUACAGCCUGGUGCUCGAGGAGGCCAACACGCUGGACAAGGACUUGGAGGUUGAGGGAGACUCGGACUGGCCAGGACCUGGUGGGGUCUGGGGGCCCUGGGCACCCAGUAGCCUCCCCACUUCCGCAGAGUUGGAGUGGGAUCCAGCGGGGGACAUUGGGGGCCUUGGGCCCUUGGGACAAAAGACAGUCCGGACACUAGGAGUGCCCUGUGAGCUGUGUGGCCACAGGGGCCCCCAGGGCAGGGGACAAGGCCUUGAGGUGAGAGCAGACCCCCUCGAGGGACCUUCUGCCAGGCACCCUGGGGACAUCUCUGCGCACCUUCUAGCAAGAUCCUGCCCUUCCAAGGAGGAAGCACACACCUCUCACUCCCGACAGGACAUGCUGGAGUCUGGCCUCAGCCACCAGAAACGCUUAGCAGGUCACCAAAGACGCUCCCUGCUCCGGAAGCCUCAGGACAAGAAGAGGCAAGCAUCUCCUCAUCUCCAGGAUGUGAGGCUGGAGGGGAAUCCGGGGGUCCCUGAUCCUGCAUCCAGGCGGCCCCUGACCUUCCUCCUUAUCCUCUUCCUCCUCUUCCUCCUCCUGGUGGGUGCCAUGUUUCUCCUGCCAGUGUCAGGAGGCCCCUGCUGCUCUAACGCCCGAAUACCCAGGACACCCUACCUGGUGCUCAGCUAUGUCAAUGGUCUUCCCCCAGUCUGAUGUGUGUAAUAAAUGGUCACUGUCAAA